GCGCGUUCGAAUAAAAAAAUUACAGGUCUAGAAGCAAGCGAGAGAGGUGUGUCGAUGCGAUUCGCCUCCAACUUCCCCUCGUCUUCUUCCUUCUCGCAUCCGCCUCCGCCUCCGCCUCCGCCAGUCUUCGCCGAUCGCUGGUUUGGCCCCUUGCGAUGCUCAUAGCCAUCCUCUUCGGCUUCUUCGCCGGCGUCGUCGCCCUCGUGGCCGCCGAGGGCGUCGCCUUUCUCUGGCUCCUCCGUCGCCUCAUCCGGAAGCGGCCAGCCGCUGAUGUGUCUCGGACGCAAGCGAAAGUGCGCGAUCUUGGUGAGGAUCGGCCACUCACUUAUCCCGACGAGAAAAAGGGUUCAGUUUGGUUACUCGAUCCAGAUAAAGUUCCAAAAAUCAACAUUGAUGAAUCAUCAACAAAAGUGCCAAAAGAAAAAAAGAAUAAAAGCACUCUGGAGGUAGUUCCUGUCAGAAAAUAUGGUAAAAUUAAAGAUCACUUAUUGAUCUUGUCUGACUCUGAUGGUUCUCGAGCAAUUAUAAAACUCUUGGGCUGUACAGUGGUUGCUGUUUCUGCCUCAAAUUUGUCUUCACGGAAGUGGGCUAAGAGGUAUCCCAUAAAAGUGGAGAGCAAAGACUCAGUAGUUUACAAGGGUAGUAAGACAUGUUACUUAUAUUUUGACACUUCUUGGGAGAAAGAAUCCUGGUGCAGAGCUCUCCGUCUUGCUUCUUCUGCUGAUGAGGGGAAAAGGAACUGGUACACAAAGAUUAGUGAAGAUUUCCAAGAUUAUCUCUCAUCCUUGAAUAAUGAAUAUCCUUCUUUUCUAAAACCAUCAGUGGUUUUUUCUGAGACUACAGACAAAUCAAAUAAGAUUGAUGGAUCUUCAAGAGUUCGUCUAUUUUGGAAAAAACUGGCAAAAAAGACUUCAAAGAAUGGUAUAGAGGGUAGAAUGAGCUCAGUUUCAUCAUUAAACUAUGGUGAAAAGAAGACUUUUGAGAAGUCACAUUCGACAGCUGAUAUAUCAAUAAGUUCAUCUGCGGACAGAAGUUUAGGUAGUUCCUCGUCAAAUAAUAUAGGACAGCAUAUACCACCAACUUCUACUUAUUUGGGCAGCAAAAGUUUACGGCCUGGCAAUUUAAAUACAACCGUUGAUGAAAAGAUUGUUAACGAUGAGGGUACACUUUGUUGUAAUCUGUUGUUCUCACGGUUAUUUUUUGAUGCUAAAAGAAGUAUCAACAUUAAUAGUAUCAUAAAAGCACGCAUCCAGAAGAAUCUGUCAAAUAUGAGAAGGCCAAGUUAUAUCGGUGAAAUAAUUUGUACUGGCUUAGAUAUUGGAAAUCUUCCACCUUACAUUCACAGAAUGAGAGUUUUCCCAAUGGACUUGAAUGAGGUGUGGUCUAUGGAAGUGGAUAUUGAAUAUUCAGGUGGUAUAUUGUUAGAUAUAGAGACAAGACUUGAAGUUUGUGAACCAGAGUUGCAAAAGAACAUAAUAGAACCGAGUUUAGAACCAAAUUCUGCUGGCGAGGUAAACUCAGAUUUACUUGAUGGUAUCGAAUAUUAUGGAAACCAGUUGAAAUAUUCAAACUUAGCCACUGUAAUGGAUAACAGAAAUGAAGCGGAGAAAGCAGAUAGCCUGAGAAACACAAAGAGUGCUGGUUGGACUGCAAGCUAUGUAUCUAGAUGGAAGACCAUCCUCCACUCUGUUGCUGAUCAAGUUUCACAGGUGCCCCUUUCGUUGGCAAUAAGAGUUGUUUCUCUCCGUGGGACAUUGCGGUUGCAGAUAAAGCCACCACCAUCUGAUCAGUUAUGGUUUGGGUUCACCAAUAUGCCAGAAUUAGAUUGGAAUUUGGACUCUUCAAUUGGGGAUCGAAAAUUAUCCCAUAGUCACAUUGGUUUGCUCAUUGGCAAUCGGAUUAAGGCAGCAAUUAGAGACAGUUUGGUUCUCCCUAAUUGUGAAAGCAUUUGUAUCCCAUGGAUGAUAGCAGAAAAAGAUGAUUGGGUCCCAAGUAAAGUUGCACCAUUCCUAUGGACCAAUAAUGAGAAUGCAGACAACACAGAACUCGAGUCAUCAGUGCCUCGAGCUACUGAAGAUAAAUUGAAGGUUGAUAGUGGCUUCAACAUUAAAGACGGUUCGGAUGACAGAAUUGAAAAAGUAAAGUAUGUGAUGCAUGUCGAGCAAAGUUCCCAGGCAACUACUCCAGCAUCAUCUUCAACUACCAUUGGUGGUCAAACUGGCUCUGCUACUUCUUUUCAGACUUCGUAUGAUGCCAUGAAUGCUGAUCUGAAGGCUCCACUAUUGACCGGUGAACCUGAAAAGACUUCUAUCCAAAGAAACACAGAUAGCCCUACGGUUUCCAUGUCCAGGUCGUUAGUCUCGCGGAAUGAUCAUUUGAGUGCUGAAGACGACGAUAAGCCAAAGAAAAUCAGCAGACGUGCUAGAAUGAUGGAUUUCGGGAAGAAGGUUGGGGAUAAGCUGGAAGAAAAGAGACGACACAUUGAAGAAAAAGGCAGGCAUAUUGUGGAAAAGAUGCGUGAGAAUGCGAGAACAGGAAGUUAUGAUUCAAGCUGACAUGAGAAACAAUGGCAGGUAAAGCAGAUUUAAUGGAGAGAGAUUCUAUUCAAAUUGAAACUGCCAAAAUAUCUGUUUAGUGAUGUUUGUACAACGAUCGUUGACAACGUGUACAGAUGUAAUGUUCCUUAUUUUUUUCAGUUUUUUUCUGCUAUUAUUUUCAAGUCA